UACGGUCGACUUUAAAAUGAUCCUUCGUAUGUUAUUUUUGUCAGUGUAUAUAACGGAGAGUGACUAAUGAAGUUUAGAGAAAAAUUCGAAACAGUUUUCAUCUCACAAGUUGUGGAUUUGUAUUGUUGAUUGUGAUUAUGAGAUGUGAUUAAUUAGUAACAUUUCUGAUGGUGUUGGGCGAUGGUAGUGCGCGGCGAGCGCUGCGUACAGCGCUGGCAUGCUUGUUCGUCAGUGCUCUCGCCCCGGAACGCCUCGAGCCCUGUGAGGGCAGUCCCCUGUGCUCCUGUCGCGCAGCACAUAUGUCCUGUACUGCUGUACCAUUACAUAGGUUUCCAGAAUGGCCACGAAUAGAACUGCAACACCUGGACAUAAGUAUGUCCAAUCUUGAAGUAAUAUCAGAAAGUGCAUUGGACGGACUACGCCUGCAGACCUUAGUUUUAGUCGCUAACAGGUUUCACUACAUCGAAUCGCAUGCACUUAGCACGAUGGCUAAUUCUUUGGCUUCGUUAGAUCUUGGUUACAACGAAUUUACAGAUAUCCCCGAGCAAGGCUUAAAAGAUUUGAAAGUACUUAAUUGGUUGAAUUUGCAAAACAACUUUAUAGCAGAGGUCAGUCCAGAGGUUAAGUGGCAUCAUUUGGAAAAUACACUUACGAGUUUAUCUCUGAGCAGUAACCAAAUAACCCAAUUGAUGUCUCAAGCUCUCACAUCUUUGAAUCAUCUAUUACAACUAGAUUUGGAAGGAAAUUAUCUUCGUACAAUCAGCCCUGACUCCUUACCAACCUCCCUCACCGUAUUGAAGCUGUCAAACAAUUUCCUGCAUGAAAUAUCCUGUGAUUUAUUGUAUAAUCUUCCUAGGUUACAAAUGUUACAUAUGCGCCACAAUUCAAUUACAAUUGAUAUUAAUUCUAAUAGCCUUAAUAAUAAAACUAAGAAAUUAGAAAAAUUAGACUUAAGUAACAACAACAUAAAUGAUACAUCCGAGAUACUUAUAUUUCGUGAAAUACAAAUAAGGCAAAUUAUUUUAGAUCUCAAUGAACUAACAGUAGUUCCAAAAUUACUAUAUACUAAUAAUCGUAUAGAAAGAUUGUCCAUAUCAUAUAACAAGCUCACUUUAAUUCAUCGAGAUGUAUUUGUAUCACUUAAAAAUUCACUUGAACAUUUAGAAGUGGAGCACAACAAAUUAUCUCAUUUGCCGGAUAAUUUAGCGCAGGUCGUGCGACUUAGACAUUUAUCGUUAGCCUACAAUCAAUUAGAGGAAUCUCCUUUACUUCCGAGCCGUAUCCAAACUCUGUCACUAGCUGGAAACUUUUUAACUUCCAUACCUUCUGCACUUCAGACGCUUGAACCCGGCUCCAUUAGAUAUCUCGACUUAAGCUAUAACAGAAUAUCUAAUUUAUUGCCGAAUGAAUUCCGAGAAUGGUCUUUUUCUCUUGGGACUCUAAACCUAAAAGGAAACAGGAUAGCGCAAAUUUAUAAAAACGUUUUUCCGGCAAGUAUGCCAGUGAAAGAGAUUAACUUGAGCUUUAACGACCUAUACUACAUACACCCGCAAUCUUUUUCUAACUUAACUGGCUCUUUGCACGUUCUAGAAGCUUCCGCGACUAUAUUCAGUGGGUACUUUCCUUUUGAAAUUGAUGAUGGACUCGAAAAUCUUAGUUGGUUAUCGUUUGAUAAUAAUGAUUUUCAUAUAUUAAAAUUGUCAGAUAUUUCAUUAUUUCCAAAUUUGAAAUAUUUAAAUUUAGAUUACAAUCGAAUAGUUGAAAUUAUUGUUGAUGAAGAAAAUUUUAAUGUUUCAUUAGCAUUAAAUAACAUACGGAUAUCGUACAACUUUUUGAACAUUAUUCCGACGAAAACAUUUUCACGUAUACCCGAGUUAAGAAACUUAGAUUUAUCUUAUAACCGUAUCAAUAACUUGACUAAGAACAGUUUUACCAACUUGCCUAACUUGAGAUAUUUAUCUCUUGCGGGUAACUUAAUCGAUUACAUAGAAGUGGAAACAUUUGUUAAUUUACCAAAAUUAGAAGUUUUGGAACUCCAAGGAAACAACUUAACAUAUCUCUCUCUUUACUCUUUAUAUAAUGUUUCUAAUCAGUAUACGACACUUACACUAAAUAUCAGUAAAAAUAAUGUCAAGCAUAUCGAAGGGGACACUGAAGUCUCCAUUAGUAUAUUUGAUGGUUCCUACAACGAUUUUCAUGAUGUGCCAAAUAUGUUUUUUCUAGCCAUUGAUUCUACGAUCAGGCAGAUUAUCCUGUCACAUAAUAAAAUAACUCAUAUAUCAAGCGAAGCUUUUGGACAAUCUGUAUACUUAGAAAUAUUAGACCUACAUAAAAAUAGUAUUAGUAUUAUAAAAAGGAAAUCCUUUACGGAUCUUAUAUCUUUGCAAAUAUUAGACAUUUCUUUUAAUUCAAUUUAUCAACUUUCAGUGGAGCAGUUUUAUAAUUUACACAAAUUAAGAUAUUUAAAAAUGGACCACAAUAAUAUAAGACUACUUCCAAGAGAUGUAUUUAAAAAUACAGUUAUAGAACAUUUGGAUUUAAGUUUUAACGAAAUAUCAUUAUUCCCCGUCACGGCACUCUCUCAAAUUGGAUUCACAUUACGCUACUUAGACCUAUCGAAUAACAGAUUAGAAUAUCUGGACAGUAAUAUAUUUCGAAAUACACAGUUCUUAUCAAAUCUUAACUUGGCACACAACUUGUUGACGGUCUUAUCUGAUAAUACGUUUUCUUGUCUUGGAGCCUUACGACGAUUGGACCUUAGUUUUAACUCCAUCAAAGCAAACUUUAAGGAGCUGUUUCACAACCUUCCUAACCUGAGGCAUUUGAAUCUUGCAAAUUUAAGUUUGAAAUCAGUGCCUUAUCUACCUUUGACUAAUUUAACGAGUCUCAAUUUAACUUCGAAUUACAUAACCAGUUUUAAGGAGAUUGAUGUAAGGCGAUUAUUGAAUCUUCGCCACUUAGACUUAAGCCAGAAUCGACUUACCUCUAUAGUGCCAAAAAUGUGGGUUCAUCUCAAGAAUUUAAACGUACUAGAUAUUUCAUACAAUCCUAUAGUAAGAAUAACGCCAAAUAGUUUUAAAUCUUUAAAUAAUUUGUCAUAUUUAAAUUUAAAUGGGCUUAAAUAUUUAGAUAUAGUUGACCAAGAUUCUUUCCGUCCCUUAAUAUCCUUGCGAUCCUUACACGUUCAAACUUGGUCUACCAUAAAUCAUUCAAGUUUUCGACUCUCUAAUAUCACUUCCUGUCUUCCAUCCUUGUAUAAGUUGGUAAUACACUGUUCAGACGAAAUUAUGGAUAAACAACUGCAAGGAAUAGAUGCAAAGAGAAUACGAUAUUUAGAAAUCAGAGGAUUAAAUUUGCAGAGAAUAUCUGACGAUGCAUUUGAGUCGUUCGCAAAUAGCCAAGAGAUAUUUAUUAGAAUAAGCGAGACGUCAAUAACCAAACUACCGGCAGCAUUUAUGAAGCAUCUCUCGCAAGUCCCUCAAUUAGGUAUCGACGUUAGCUACAAUCAAAUAUCGAGAAUAGAUCCGGCUAUAUUCUAUCCCAAUUUCACGAGCUGGAGUCACGUAGCAACUAAAUUACUUUCAGGCGGAUUAAUUCUAACCGGAAAUCCGCUGCGAUGUGAAUGCGAGCUAGCCUGGCUAGGCGCCUGGAUGAGGCGCUGGUUGCAAGAGAACGAGGCUGGAGCUGAACUAAGGAGGGCUGUUCGUAGUGCCACUUGUAAGGAUCAGCACGGAAGGCGCAUACCGCUCCUGCAACUUCGAGCAGACGAAGCUGAGUGCCACGCUAGUGCCCUUUCCAGUGACGCGCAACCAAACUAUACAAAUAUCGUUUAUACGGUUACGUUGACAUUGUGGACGUUAGUUCUUAGAUGAUAAUACUACUUUAUAAGUCAAUAGUCGGUAAAU